AUGGCUUCCGACUCUACCAGUUUCGUCAAUCACGAAGAUUUCCUUGAACCCCACAAGUCUACAGAUCUUGAUGAGGAAGAUGGCACACCGAUUGACACGGCAGCAGAAGUGGAAGCCGACACAGCAAUCACUUCGUUCAUUGAAAGCAAUUCCAGAAUUCCAGUAGCUCCUUCUUAUGGGCAAAUUGCCUGCCCUGUCGUGGUCCCUCAACGACGACCCGGAAACAAAGAGCGAGGUUUCAUGAAAGCGUAUGCUCCAAUAUUAUUCCAAUAUGAUAUCACCCAAGAGCACUUUCACGACUUCAUCAAAGCUCUGAAUAAAGCAGUCCAGGCCUCUAAAUGGAUUGCUGCAGUGCAAAUUGCAGCAUUCGGGGCCUCGUUCGUGCCAAAUCAAAUCUCUAUGGGCACGACAGCGGCAGUGCAGAUUGUAUCAGCAGUCGCAGCAAAGGCUCAAAUUAGAUGGAAGGUGAACACCUUCAUAGAUAAGGCGAAUCGAGAACUAUUUUGUCCUCGAGGACUCUAUUGUAUGAUUGUGACAUACAACCCUCUCGCACAGCAACAGCAAAAAGAGAUCAGCACCUCGAUAAGCAGACCAUCUGCUAGUGGGGCUUCUGGCUCAUCUCGAAGCAAAUGGCCGGGGAAAGUUACGAAAAACUUGCGUAAUCCAUUCUCCGCUACGACAGAAGGAGAGCAAAAUUUACCAUCAGAGAUUGCACCUCUAAUAUUCUCGGACAAUGAGGAUGAAAAAGUCCAAAUGAAGAUGAAAGAGAAACCUUGGGACAAGUUGAAUGAUUACUACGACAAACGCGCCCGAGCAAGAUAUGCCAGUGAAAGCAAUCGGGACGCUUUAUCCUCAGCCCCCGAAUCUAAAUUCAAGAACCGAUUCCUUGACCCUAAUCAUCCGGCCAGUAAUGGAGGUCUUCUUGGCUUGAUAUCAGGCGGGCAUCUUACAAGGGACCCAAAAAAGAUAAUGGAAGACACGAAAAGUUCAUAUCAGCAGCAGGAAAGACUUAUUUAUGAGCAACAAGACAGCCAGUUGGAGCUGCUCCGCAGUCAGUUCCAAGCCAUGGGCUUCUCUGAAAAACAGCAAAGCGACUAUAUCGCAAGCUAUGAGCAGCAGUUUCAGUUGCAACGAGACCAGCUAAAGGCCCAGAUAAAAGGAACGGAAAUGAUGCACAGAAAGAUCUUGAGAAAUGUUCUUUAUCUCAUGGUUGUAAACCUGCCAACCGAGGAAGAAGUUGAGGCGGCUAGGAUGGCGACGAAUACGGAUGAGGAAGAUAAUGGCAGCCAAAGAAGCUUCGUGACCAUGGUCAACGUACAAUAG